AUGGUGGCAACAAGCUCUGAAUAUUAUGAUAGAGUAAGUGAGGUUAAAGCUUUUGAUGAGUCCAAAGUUGGAGUGAAAGGCCUUGUUGAUGCUGGGAUAACACAGAUUCCUCGUUUCUUUCACAAGUCAAUAUGUGAUGAUCACAACUCUGUUCUAGAAGAUGCCCAGUUCAGUAUACCAGUUAUAGACCUUGGAGGCCUUAAUGGAGAUUCAUUUGGGCAAAGAGAGAGGGUUGAUAGAGUGAAAGAAGCCUCUGAGAAUGGAGGGUUCUUCCAAAUUGUUAACCAUGGCAUUCCAGAGAGUGUUAUGGAGGAAAUGAAGAAUGGUGUUCGAAGAUUUUUUGAGCAAGAAACUGAGGUGAAGAAAGAGUUUUAUUCUAGAGAUUUUACUAAGCCGCUGUUCUACAACACCAACAACAGUUUGUAUACCUCUCCAUCUGCUGAUUGGAGGGAUACACUUACUUAUCGAAUGGCUCCUGAUACUCCAAAUCCAGAAGACUUGCCCCUUGUAUGCAGAGACAUACUUGUGGAGUACUCAAAGCAAGUAAUGAAAGUAGGGAUUUUUCUGUUUCGGUUGAUCUCUGAAGCUCUCGGGCAGAAUCCAAAUCACUUGCUCGACAUGGAUUGUGCAGAGGGUCAACUACUUUUUUGCCAUUACUAUCCACCAUGCCCGCAGCCAGAGCUAACUAUGGGGGCAACCAAACAUGCUGAUGUUGACUUCCUCACUGUUCUACUUCAAGAUGACAUUGGUGGUCUCCAAGUUCUUAACGACAAUAAAUGGAUUGAUGUUCCUCCUCAACCAGGAGCUCUAGUGGUCAAUAUUGGAGAUCUUCUUCAGCUCAUAACAAAUGAUAGAUUCAAAAGUGUUGAACACAGAGUUCUGGCGAGCCAUGCAGGUCCUAGAAUAUCUAUUGCCAGCUUCUUUUGCACAGGUGUAGUUCCAACCUCAAAAUUAUAUGGACCUAUUAAAGAGUUGUUAUCAGAAAAUAAUCCUCCUAAGUACAGAGAAACCACAGUGAAGGACUAUAUUGAUUAUUCUGGUAAGAAAGGCCUUGAUGGGACUAAGGCCUUGGAUCAUUUCAAGCUCACCGAAACAGAAUGAUAUGUACUUAUAUGAUGGUGUUCCCUGUCAUAACUUUCUUCUACAAAUAAACAUGUGAUACAUGGAACAUCCUAAGAUGAAAGGAUGAUAUAAACUAGACUAGAAGAAGCUUUUCAGCUGUAUUAACUAUGAAAAAGAAAAGAAAAGAAAAGGAAGAUUUGAACUUGGC